UCCACCAACUCCAGUUUUAUUCUUCUCACCAUUGAAAUGAGGAAUACUCUCUCUUUCUUGCUAAUAACUCUGCUAUAUUUAGCAGUAGCAGUGCUCAGUGCCAAAGAAUUUACCAGAUAUGACUUCCCUCCUGGCUUUGUUUUCGGUUCUGGCACCACUGCUUAUCAGGUGGAGGGAGCAGCAAAUGAAGAUGGGAGAACUCCUAGCAUCUGGGAUACCUUUUGCCAUGCUGUAGCAGUGCUCAGUGCCGAAGAAUUUACCAGAUAUGACUUCCCUCCUGGCUUUGUUUUCGGUUCUGGCACCACUGCUUAUCAGGUAGAGGGAGCAGCAAGUGAAGAUGGGAGGACUCCUAGCAUCUGGGAUACCUUUUGCCAUGCUGGUUGCCUCCUAUUACUCAUAUUCACUACUUAGGUUGUAGAUCCCUUGAUUUACGGAGAUUACCCUGACAUUAUGAGGAAAAAAGUUGGCUCCAGGCUCCCUUCCUUCACUAAACAAGAAUCUGAGCUUGUUAGGGGUUCAUUCGACUUCCUAGGCAUUAUACAUUACACUGCAUUUUACAUCAAAGACAACCCUAGCAGUCUGGAACCAAAGCAAAGGGACUUCAACACAGAUAUGGCUGUAUUUUUAAUCCCCGUUCUGGGCAAUUCGUCAAUGAAUGAGUUACCCUUAAAUCCUUGGGCUCUUCAAGGAGUGCUGGAGUAUUUCAAGCAAGUUUAUGGCAAUCCCCCUAUCUACAUUCAUGAAAAUGGCCAAAACACCAGGCGCAAUUCAACCUUGCAAGACACAUCAAGGGUGGAAUAUCUGCAUGCAUAUAUUGGGGCUGUGCUGGAUGCUGUGAGGAAUGGAUCCAAUACUAGAGGAUACUUCCAGUGGUCUUUGUUAGAUGUGUUUGAGUUGGAUGGCUAUGGAACCAGCUUCGGCUUCUACUACGUAGAUUUGGAUGAUCCAGAUUUGAAGAGAUAUGCAAAGCUCUCUGCUUAUUGGUAUUCCCAUUUCCUCAAGGGAGGAAGUGUCAGUUCAGAUGGCAUCGUCAAGCUCAAGAACUCGACUGCCCUUCUCCACGACAGCACUUUUCAGUAGGAUAAUAUCUAGAGAAAUGAAUAAUGAUGUUUAUUCAUCAUCCCUGUCCAAAGAUGUUGGAAUAUGAUACCUGCAUGCAUCAUUCAGUAGUAAUUAGUUAGCAAAAUAAACAUGAUUUCUGUUGGUGUAUAAAGUUCUCAUGUGAAUAGAGUUGAAUGAAAUGUAAAGAUCCCACAUUCGAGGACAAUAGUUACAAGAGUACAAUAUAUAUGUAGAGGUUCACGCUCUAGAGCGGGCCUCCCCAACAAUUUGUAACUUGAUUACCUGACUGGUUAACUUUACUAAAUAAAUAGCAUCAGCUACA